GUAGCCACCCGACUAGCACACGAUUGUUACUGCGACAGGUUCUAUAAGGACCGGAAUGAAGAUGGUCCUGCCCGGCCGUUUCCAGCUAUGCUUCUGGAGCUGUCGAAGCAUGCUGGGCAUGGAUAGAGAGAUUUCGGUGAUAUAUUUAAAGGAAGUCCCGCAGGUGCAGUUUACAUUCAAACCCCCACGAUAAUGGUCUACGAAGGCAAAACUUUCCGAGGCUCCGUUUCUGGCAAAAUUGUCGAAUCUUCUUUCACUAGGGAGGAGCUUUCUCCCGGCGAUGUUGUCGUCAAGGUCACACACAGUGGAUUAUGCGGAACGGAUUUGCACUAUUUGAACGUAGAUAUGGUACUUGGUCAUGAAGGUGUCGGUAUCGUUCAAGAGGUCGGUCCAUCUUGUGAGCGUUUGAAGGUCGGGGAUCGAGUGGGAUGGGGAUACAUGCAUGAAACUUGCGGAUGCUGCAGAGAGUGUCAGACCGGUAACGAGGUCUUUUGUCAGAUGAAGAAAUGCUUUGGUUCGGCCAAUUUUGACCAAGGUUCCCUCGGGGAACUAGGUAUUUGGAAGGAAGAUUGGCUCUUCAAAUUGCCGGAUGCUCUGUCAUCUGAGAAAGCCGCGCCACUCAUGUGCGCCGGUUCCACCGUCUUCACGCCCUUAAUCAAGUACUGUAAACCCACAGACCGGGUUGGCAUCGUCGGCAUAGGUGGUUUGGGACAUCUUGCCAUUCAGUUCGCAGCAAAAAUGGGCUGCGACGUUGUUGUCUUCUCGGGCACUAACUCGAAGCGGGAGGAGGCUUUAAGCCUGGGGACGCAUGAAUUUUACGCAACCAAAGGUAUUGACGAUCUGUCGCAGAUUGGAUUGUCGAAACCUAUCAACAGACUCAUCGUUACAACGGCUGGAAUGGUGGAUUAUGAGUCGUACUUCGGAAUCUUAGCUCCGAAAGCCACCGUCAUUCCGUUGACUGUGACUGAUCCCAAGUACAUGAUGGGCGUACCGUACACGCCCUUCGCCUGGAAGGGGAUCGAGGUUGUUGGAACAGUUCUCGCCGAACGAGUUAUGCACAACGAUAUGCUAGAUUUUUCCGCCCGCAACAACAUAUGUCCAAUAAUUGAAAAGUUUCCUAUGACGACUGAGGGUAUUACGGAGGCCAUAGAACGAUUAGGCUCGGGCAGAUUACGCUACAGAGGAGUGCUUACGAAUCAGUAGAUUUUUGGUUAGCACUGCAAAAUGACACAAUGC